AACGGACGGUGGCAGUUCACUCUCCCUCCCUCUCGAUGAUAAAAGAGGACCGUCACCGAAGUUUUUUUAAAAAAAGAAAAGGGGAAAAAAAGGCAAAAAGGGAACACGAAAUGCCACUGCUGCUGCUACUGUCGCCGCCGACCGCCGCGGCGGCUGGGCCGGCACCGGCGCCAGCGCCAGCGCCCGUCGCCGUCUCGCUGCCCCCGCCUUCUCGGCUACGCGCGUCCCACCUCCUCUUCGCCUUCCCUCGCCUGCGGAAAUACGGCCGCCGGGACCGCGAGCCCGUGGCGACCAGCUUGGGCGAGUUAGAGGAGGAGGAUGAGGAUGACGAGGAGGAGGAGGAGGAGGAGGAGGAAGACGAUGAGGAAGUGGAGGUGGAGGUGGAGGUUGAUGAGGAUGAAUUUCUGAAGAACCGGCCGAAGCCGGUUGGAUUCGGCGCCGGGAAGACGUACUCCACCGACAUCGAGGAGCAGCUUCUCCGGGAGAUGGGUUUGGGCGGCAGGCGGCGCAGCAGCGGAAGCGGGCCGACGCCGGCCAAGAACCGCGCGGCGGCCAACUCGGCCAAGGGAACGGGUGAAGAUCUCAAUGAUGGCGGUGUUUGUGUUCGUGUUUGGAAUCUCCCAAAAAAGAAAAACAUACACAAGGACCUGAAUCUUGCUUUCAAGGGAUUUCCAGGCCUUGUAAAUAUUGAGCCAGCGGUUUCUGCAAACAAGAAGACUCGUGAUCCUAUAUGCAAGGGUUUUGCCUAUCUUAAACUGGAAUCUGUGGAGGCUGCUACCAGGUUUGUUGAACUAUACUCCCAGAAAGCUGUGUCAUUCGGCAAGGUUCAGAAGCCGAUCAGGUGCUGUGUUGUUGAUUCACAAAGCUCUGUUGACUCCCAAAAUCAACAUCCAGUGGUCAGGCAAUCCGUCAACCCGGGUUGAUGGCCAAAAAUUUGGUGGCAGCAAGCUGAAUGACAAAUUGAUCUGUCAGUAACAACCUCUGAGAUAGAGAACUUCAUGUAUAUGGUGUGCUAUGAACACAUUGGCAAUGUCUUGAUUCUUUAAGUGGCUUAGAAAUAGCAUGGAAUGAUAGGCUAGGCUCUGGUCUUCUUUUAUUUUUCUUCCACAUAUAUACAUUUCAAGAGGAAGAACCGAAGAAUACACAAAGCUCAGUUACAUUGGCAUUCCUGCUUGAGCAAAGCUGUAGCUAGUACUGGUGGUAGACGAUUGAUGAUUUCCAGGUAAGUAGCGUAGCAAAAUGUUGAGCUAUACCGCUGUAUGCAUUGAAUUUAGGGAGAAUCCACUCAGUACCACUGAGUUCGUCAAGUUUCAAUAAUAUACCACCGACUUUGUCAACA